AUGGGACAGAACGCGAGCCAUCUGCAAAGUGCGCGUGAUGAAGCACCGCAACCCAAAAGCAGCGGUCCAGCUUCCGAGUUGUCCUUCGUGGAUAUCCGGUCUGCAGAGGAACAGGGCCCAGGAGAGCGGGAACUUGGCCCAGGAAACCAAAAGAGAAUCCCAGACAAGUUCCAGCGCUUAGCGACGCUUGGGCAUCUGGAGGUGGACACCGAGAUCGCUAGAGGCCUCUCUUUGCGAGAGUCGCUCAGGCAGGGUGGGCGGCUGUGGCUGACUGCUCCUGCCGAUUUGAGCGACAAGUCCCGUGCAGAACUGUGGAGCCGAUCACGGCCGGUGGAACAUUUCGACGUGUUCAUUUCCCACACCUGGAUGACGCCCGGGAAGUGGAAGCUCCUGUCGCUGUUGUUUCAUUCAGGCUCGCAGAAAGUACUUGUGAUCUGGUUCAUUACAGUGCUUGCUGUGUUAUCGCUCACAAUUCUUGGAGUUCUGCCUGCACCUUGGUGGAUCGAGGCCCAUGCAAUGGAAUUCAAGGCCAUGUGUCCGGUAGGACCAUGGAUAGAACUAGCAAGUUUUGUUGCCACCUUUGCUGGCUUCAUAGCAGCACCGUACCUUCCCAGUGUGCUGCGGCCGCGUGACACCUGCUUUUUGGAUGUGGCUAGCAUCCAUCAGACGGAUCAGCGCUUGAUGGAAAGGGGAGUAUACGGCAUUGGCGGAUUCCUUCGCAUCUCUCGCGAGCUUCGGGUAUUGUGGUCGACGCCCUACUUGUCGAGACUAUGGUGCGUCUUUGAGCUUGCGGCCUUUCGCACUGCCAACCCGGAGGGAAAGAUAACACUGGCACCGCUUUUCGUGGAGACGAUCCUGGCGGCGGUGAUUUUGUGGGAGUACUUCUUCACAUUGAUCUAUUGGAGCACAAGAGCUUCGCAAGUUGGCGAGGUUUACAACUCUGUGUCGUACCUCUUUGCCAUGCUCCCCUGCUGCUUUGCCAUGCACAUGAUUCGGAGGAGCCAUAUGGCCAAGCACAAGCUGUUCUCAGACCUUGAGCACUUCGAUCUGGGCAAAGUUCAGUGCAGCAACGACUUUGAUAAAGACUUCAUCCACGCAGCCAUUGUGAGGUGGUAUGGUGGAGAGGAGGCAUUCACGGCCUUCGUUCGCGGCCCUCUCCGUGAGGAGCUCUUGGGCGCUCGUCCCUCAACCCCGCUCGUGGCUUAUCCGCUGCUACUUCUCUCGCCGGCAAUCGCAUCCAGUUUGACAUUUUUGGCUGGCCUUUGGCGGGGUGGUGCACCGGUCCACUGUCUUCUCUCAUAUGUGAUGGGUUCAUUCCUGGGCUUCAACAUCCUUUGGGUCUUCAGCUGCGUCUCGCUGUUCUUUUACCUUUGCGAUCACUUUGCCGAGCCACGAUGGCCAGGGAUCUUCGACUACUUGCAAACGCUCUUGAUAUCCAGCCGAAUUUGGUUCCUCAUGUCAUGA